CGGCUUGUUCAAGGACUCAGUCAUGCCCAUCCUGCGCCUGAUGCACGAGCAGAUCGCUGGCCUAGUAAAGCAGGUUGAUGAAAUUGAUACUCAGAGCCGUCACAAUGCCCUCCUCUUCACUGGCAUAGCAGAGGAAGGAAGAAGACCCCACUAAAUGGCCGAAAUUAUUGUACCCCAUUACCCAUUUUUAUAAGUUAGACAAAGUCAGGUAUAAAAUUAAUGGUUCAAUUUCAAUUUGAUUUUUAAUAAUUUUGACGAAGUCUAUAAAAUUUCACGGUGUUUUGUAAUCUUAAUGCAAUUUUAAAUAAUUAUUGUAAGUUCUUUGCGACCAGUAAUUGUUUCAUUCUGAAUCUCGAUAGCCGCAACGGUUGUCGGUUCUUCGAAAGAUGUGGUCGACCUAUGGUUUCAUGUUAUAUAUUUUACUGUGUAUAUUUUCAAAAUACGGCCAAGGAUAUCGAAGGCCAGAUGCUAGAGAGUUUUACGACCCUAGAAAGCCUUCGAAUUGGAAUCCUAAGCGCAUGAGAGCGCGGGUGCAGAGUCGAGCAAAACCUUCUAACCUCUAUUCGUUAGUACCUGCAGGAGAUGGACAAUAUUUUAAACUGGCACCGAUUUCUGCCCCAGACGAUGAUUUUUCGUCACGGGAUAUUAUCCCAACACAACAAACGAAUGACAUAAUUAAGGGUGCAACCCACACUAAAUAUUUUUCGUCACGGGAUAUUAUCCCAACACAACAAACGAAUGACAUAAUUAAAUAUUCGUUAGUACCUGCAGGAGAUGGACAAUAUUUUAAACUGGCACCGAUUUCUGCCCCAGACGAUGACAAAACCAAGAUGAUAUCCCGAAGCAAGGCACAGACCCGUGACUUGGAACUCCGACUGAGGACAACCUUGGAGGACCUCAAAGCAUCCCGUGAACUGACAGACCAACUCAUGAAGGAACGGGAGGAAAAUGAAAAAUAA